AUGUCUUUCUUCGCCAAUCCCCGUCCUGGCGGUCGGCAUGGUGCCGACCCUGAAAUCCCUUCAGCACCGCGCACUCAGGCUACCAAUCUGCCAAAGGAGACUUCCACUACACUUCUGAACAUCACGAAGCUCAGACCGGACUCUAGUCUCACCGUUUGGGGAAAUGAGAUCAUUCAUGUCUUGCAACCCUUCCAGCUCGAUGCACUUGUGGACUAUGAUCUUCCGAGGCCCCACAUAGGGGAUCCCAACUACAACCGGUGGAAGUUCUGGACUCUUGUUGUUGCUAACUGGUUGUUUAACCAGGUGGAUGCCUCACUUCAGCUCAAAGUCAAGGCACACUCGAACGACCUCACCUUCGCCGAUGAGAUAUUCAAUACAAUCAGGCUGCUGAGCCUGCACAGUCAGUCUAAGUUCCUUGCAAAAGAGUUAAAACGGUGGGAGGAACUCAAGCGUGACGAAUUUUCCACGCCGGCGGACUUCAUCAUGGCGUAUCAGAACCAGUUCAAUCGUCUGAAGACAGAAGGCCAUGAACCCUCUUGUGACGUUGCGCUUGUUCGCCUUCUACAAGAGCUGCACGGGGAAGUGUUAAAGGUUCCGUUCAUCCAAGAAGAAAUAAGAGAUUUAGAACGGCCCGUGGACUAUCAACUUUUCGUCUACUACUGCAAAGUCUUGGUCGCCGAAUCCCGCAAGCCCACCGUAUCGCCUACCGAGAAUACCUCCAUGGGAAUUUACGGAGAAGCGAGAGGCCGAAGCCAGAGCAGUGGACGAGACAUCUCCUACCGUGGCUGGAGACAAAGCACCAAGGGACGCGGUCCGGCAUGGGAGUAA